AUGUUGACAGUUCGACCGUUAUUGUGCGCGCUGGUGUUGAUUGGUUGCGUUGGUGGUCUACUGGGACGGGAUGGAGUAAAUCCCAGCCCGGAUGUGGUGCAACGCCAGCAGCUGUCCGUCCAGGAUGCCCUCGAGUUGGCUCAGGAGCGCGAGCAGGUGUUGGCCGCCCAGCAAUCGAUUGCGAAUUGGCGCAAAAGUUUGUACGAGCAUGGUCGGACGGGACCAGAUGAAGAAUCACCGGCAAGGCGGCGAGAAAAGCGAGCUGAUCGGAACGAUCUGUACGUCCCCGAGCCAACACCUACACCAGUGGCCAGCAACGGGACGGAUGUCAGCCCAGGUCCGGAAGAUGAUCCUGACGAUCCGGAGGCUUCCGUCGUGUGUUACGGUCCGUUGGGCUGUUUCCACGAGACGGAUCACCUGCCGGAGAUGUUACCUUCUUCACCAGCUGAAGUGAACACGAGGUUCCUCGUCUAUACCACCACGCACCGAAGCGAGAAACCCUUGAUUGAAUUUUCUUACGAGGAGCUCGUAGUGGCUGGGUUUGGUGCGGCCUAUUGGGCUAAUGGAACGAACGACACCGCCUCAAUCCCGGUGUCCACUGGCGCGUCCUCAUCGCUCCUGCAGACAUUCGGCGAUCUCAGCAACCGAACGGUUCGUGCCAUCGUUCACGGAUUUGGCGCCAACUGCGGGUUGGUUUGGAUCUAUGAAAUGCGAACCGCUCUCAUGGCUGUGGAAAACUGCACCGUGAUUUGCGUGGAUUGGGAAAACGGUGCCAAGCUGCCAAACUACGUACGAGCUGCGGCCAACACCCGGCUUGUAGGUCGCCAAUUAGCGCUACUGCUCCGUCUACUGCGCACCCACAACGGACUCCGGUUGUCCCGGGUGCACCUGAUCGGGUUUAGUCUCGGAUCUCACGUGGCCGGAUUCGCAGGUGCCGAAUUCUCCAAUCCGGAUGUGAGUGAUCCUCCAACUGGGGAGACGCCAGCUACAACACCGCCAGUGCCAACAGAACGGCCAGCUAGUGCUGCCGGAUUGUGGCGAAUUACCGGACUCGACCCAGCCGGUCCUCUUUUUGAGGCACAACCGGCUGAAGUGCGACUGGACGCCGGUGAUGCCCGGUAUGUGGACGUAAUUCAUUCGAACGGCGAGAAUCUCAUCCUGGGAGGACUCGGAUCCUGGCAACCCAUGGGUACGGUCGAUUACUACCCCAAUGGAGGGCGAGUUCAACAUGGCUGCACCAACCUGUUCGUCGGGGCCGUCACCGAUAUCAUCUGGGCACCACCAACGACGGUCGAGGGCAGGUCGCUGUGCAACCACCGAAGGGCGUACAAAUUCUUCAUCGAUUCCGUCGCACCCCGGUGCCACUUUCCGGCGUUUCCCUGCGAAAGCUACGACCAGUUCGCGGCCGGUGCUUGCUUCGAGUGCGCACGAACCGGCAACGGAUCGGCCGGAUCAGCCUGCGGCCAUAUGGGUUAUUACGCGGCAAGCCGGGACGUGGGCGGGUUUGGCCAGUUGUACCUGCGUACGCGCGAUGAGGAACCAUACUGCGCGAACCAGUUCCGGUUGCGACUGCGUAACGCACCCGAUGAGUUGCCGUUACGUACGGUGGGUCGGUUUGAGUUGACCCUCGAGGGUGGCGACACCGGGAAUGGUAUCGAGGAUGGCCCUGGAGGUCCUGGUGCACCUUUGCUCACCUUUAACGAGACGUUUCAUUUGGACGAGGCGCGUGAGGAUCGUGAAUUCCACGCCGGGCAGUGGCUCACCACGAUCCUGGUACCACAUCCAGCUCUUGGGCACCGGCCGCGUGCCCUUACUAUCACUUACCGCCCUUACCGAGGUGGUUGGUGGCAACGUUCGAGUGUAGGUAAGCAGCGGUGGCGUAUUGGCCCCAUUCUGCUCACAGCGGACGAUCAAAAGACGUACGGAUCCUGUGAGACGCUCGUCCUGCAAGCUGACGUACCUGUGCGGCUGGAAUUACAACCGGUUCGGUUACACGUGCCGUCUUCCGGUGAUGAGGACGAUGAAGAUGCUACGGAGUGCUUCCCCGCAGAGGAUGCCAUUCAAACUACGGCCACGACGGCACCACUUCCGGAAACACUUCCAGGUAGCGCUUCCGGAUCAUCCGAGGGCGUAUCUAACCCUCCCAAGGGUUCGGGAGAUGAACCGACCGGUUCGAAGCAUCCCGGACAUGACCAUUUCUCCUGGACACCGGUCGCAAUCAGCAUCCCACGCCACGUGGCCCCACUUCCGGUGCAUGUCAACGAAAAGCGCUCCUUCUCGGACGCGCUCGCAGGAGAUCCGAUGGCGGGAGACCCUUCCCAAGGGGCACCUCCAACCACGGCCACCGCACAAACCGUGCAAUUGUUCCCUUCGCGGCUCGUGUCCUUUUUCGAGCGUGCUGAGCGAUACGCUCGCCGCACGUGGGACGCGUUAUUCGCCGGAAAUGGAACCGGACCUCCGGGCCCGGAUGGCGCAGGAUCAUCCGGUUCCGUUGAGCUGCCAAUGGAAGGUGGAACCCUAUCCGGGACGGUAACGACGACAACGGGAGUACCGGUGACAGCCAGCACGCCUUCCACGAGUGAACCUAGCUCAACUGAGAUCCGGAUCGCUUUGCCAACGUUCCGGCCAAUGGUUCGCCCGGUAGAUGGACCAGUUGGGAGCGGUCGGCAGCACCACACCCGUUUCAUUCCGCUCGUGUACGAGGAGCAGCCUGCUGAAGGAAGCGGACCGCGGACACCCGCCCGUACCACCCGGUAG